AUGACGACCGAUGGCGUCCAUGCCGUCGCUGUCGUCGCCGUCGACGCGCAGGCGAAGGGAGACGCGCGCGAUGGUGACAUUCAGCCCGCGGCGGCGCGCAGGCCCCCCGCGCUUCGCGUCCCGACGCCAAAGUACGACAACACGAUGAGUCCUAUGGGGCCGCUCUCGUCGCGUCGGUCGACUUCGAGCGAUUCCGCGGAUGACACGACGAUCGAUUUCGACGAUGACGACGAAGGGCCGAUGAAGUCGUGUAUUUUGCGUUUGCUAGAUGGCGACAACGUCGCGAGAGAAGUCGUCGCUCGAACGCGCCGCCGCGACGUCGCGCUCCGACGACGGUUCAAAGGCGAAACGUUCGUCGUCGCGCGCGCACACACGAAAUACGAGCGGGAAAAAUGCUGCGCCGCACGAACGUAUCAGAUGCACGUGCUGCGAUCGAGUGGGACGUGCGAGGAAACUUCUCGGUACGCCGCGGCACAGGCGUGUGAGGACGACGUCGCCGAGGUCAACUCCGAUCCGGGCACGAUGGAGUACUUCGUCGAGGUCGACGACCCGUUCGACACAAAAGUGUACGGCGUCAUGCGUUUCGUACGGCGAGACGUGGACGCGUUGUUGAGAACUAGAUUCGAUGUUCCGACUCGCGAAUCAAUUUUGGGCGUCGACUUCGUCGUCGACCGGUUCUUCGCCACCACUGCGGCGAACGAAAUCGCGGGCGAACCGGAUGGGGCGACGUUUAUUCGAACGCUCAUGCUCGAUGCCACUCGCAAGGAGGCUUGGCGAAUGUCGCCGUGUCGCGCGGUGCCCAUCUUGAGCGCAGUGCCGAUCGACGUCGAAGGUGUCAAAGUCUUUGCGCAUUCCGCGCGCGACGUCGCGGUGGUGGAGUGCGACGGCGUCGCGUGCGACGCCGACGUCAUGGCUGAGCGUGAAGAUUGGGUCACGCGCAAGUUUCUUACGUUAUACGUCGUCCCGGCGUCGGCGCCCAACGAGGCUAAGAACGCGCUUUCGCCGGGCAAGAAGACUUGGCUCGCGUUUGCCGAGGCGCGCGGCGAGACCCUUCGCGACGAUGCGACGAACGACGACGCACCGAUGAUUUUGACGCUUCACGCGUGUGCGCGGCAGAAAAUCGAGUACAACGAGUCUAUUCGACUAUCAUGUAUGUAUAUCAUCGCGGAAGCGUGCGGGGAAACGCUCUCGGAUGAGGAAUCAGCAGGCGCCGUCGUGGACGCGCUCGGGUGCGCGCUUCGCGACGAUUCCGGAAAGAUUUCGCACACGUUGGAAUUCGAACGAAACGUCUCGCGAGAUUUCGUCGAUGCCGUCGAGUUUGUGCGCGGUGAGGACGCGUCGUCAACGAAACGCGCCGUGGUGUGCUUGCGCACCGCCUGCGAUGACGCAGAUAUUUUUAUGGAAUCGUUGGAGUCGUCCAUGCGCGACGCGGAGACGGAUGCCUGCGUGCUCGUCGCUCGAUGCUCGACUUACGGCGAUCACUUGACGUUGUGCGACGGCGACGUGCUUCUUAGCGAAGCUUUAGCGCGCGCCGCAUCGAGAGGUCUGUUCGUCGACGGCGGCGUAUUCAAGGCGUUCGUGCGCGAGGACGCGUGUAUCAUCACCGCCCGUUUUGCGCGACGAGAAUUCCGCGUUCGGCCGUCGACGCUCAAAGACGUCGACGCGUUGGUCGCCAUCGAGGCCGAGGCGUGGGUUGAAACGCCAGAGAUGCGGACGUCGCCGGAGACCGUGCGCGAGCGCGUUCAAAACAACGCGAGCAUGAACUUUGUUGUGGAAGACAUCAAGAGUGGAGACGUCCGAGGCGUCAUGUACACGCAAUACGUCGAAAGCGUCGACGCGCCGCUCGACGCCACGUGGGAGACGAAGGAGUCGAAUCGCCGCGAGCCGAAAUCGACGGAUGUCGUUCAACUUCUGGACGUUUUUGUGGAUCAGGCUUACGGCGCGAGGUGUGCGAGCGAUUCGGGCGCGUCCGUCGGUCAAGAGCUUCGUAAUUAUGUGUUACACUACGCCGAGCAGACGGGAUUGAGAUACGCGUGCGCGGUGACGCGAACGCGAGGAUUUCGCUCGACGCAAGCUUUGAAUCCGAAUCUCACGUACGAAGCAUACGUCCACGGCGACGCGCUCGAUCGUGGCGUGUUCUUCCACACGUCUGCUGGCGCGGAAAUCGUGCGCGUCGUUCGUCCGUGGCGCGCGCGCGAUUAUGAAAACGAGGGGGCUGGCGUUCUCAUUCGGUACGACGUGCGCGAGUACGCGUUUGCCGACGCCGCGCGACGCGGUCGCACCUCGCGCGUUCGCCGUCGUCCGAGCGACCCGACCGUGCGCGAAGGACGCGAAUACGUCAACGCUCUUGAAAGCGUCGCGUGGGAAGCGCGCGCGCGCGCUUUUCCCGUGGAAUAA